AUGUCCAGUGCUUCAACCACUUCGUUAAUCCUCGAGCACGCUUCCGGUCAUUCCGCCACCGAAGCUAAGGAGGCACUCUACACGGACAGUCUCAGCAGAGAAGAGCUCGAGUUGGAGGACCAAGCAAUAUGGCAGCGAUCGACGAAACCAGCGGAUAAAAAGGCGCGGCGAAUACUAUACAUCCUCAUUGCGAUUGGUGCUGUGGGCUGGGUCGCAGCGUUGUUUCUAUUCUUGGGUCAGGACAGACAUAUACCUCAUGCAUCACGACCGCAUGACCCUCUUGCGACAUCCACGAGUGGGAACGGGAAGAAGGUUACCCUCGAACAAGUACAGGAAGGGGCAUGGAGGUCGACACAACAUGCGAUCAGCUGGAUAGCAGGUCCCAACGGCGAGGAUGGCUUAUUACUUGAGAGAGGAGGAAGCGGCGGCCGCGACUACCUCGUGGUGGAAGACGUGCGAUACCGAGGCGAAGAUGUUGCGACACAAAAGCAGCACAGCACAACCCUCAUGAAGAAGGGCAGUUUUGAGGUGGGAGGUGGAAGGGACGUCUACGUGGAGGAUGCCACGCCAAGUGCAGAUCACAAGCAUGUGCUGGUGGGAAGUGAUAAGCAGAGCAAUUGGCGACACAGCAGUACUGGGACGUACUGGAUUUUCAAUGUCGAGACGCAGAGUGGCGAGGCACUCGAUCCGGCCAAGAUAGAUGGUAGGAUUCAACUGGCGUCGUGGAGUCCGAAAGGCAAUGCUGUGGUGUUUACCAGGGACAACAACAUGUUCAUACGCCAUCUGGACUCUGAUGUUGUCAAUGCGAUCACGACGGAUGGUGGACCGGAUCUCUUCUACGGCAUCCCUGACUGGGUCUACGAGGAAGAAGUGCUUGCGACUGGAGGUGCUACUUGGUGGAGUGGUGAUGGAAAAUAUGUUGCUUUCUUCAAGACGGAUGAGUCCAAGGUCCCGACGUUUCCCGUGCAGUACUUCUUCAGCCGACCGAGUGGUAAGGAACCGAAGCCUGGCGAAGAGAAUUAUCCCGAGGUCCGCGAGAUCAAGUAUCCCAAAGCUGGUGCGCCAAUGUCUGUUGUUGAGCUGCUGUUCUAUGACGUUGAAAAAGGUCAAGUUUUCAGCGUUCCGAUCGAGAACGAUUUUGACGCCGAGGACCGCCUGAUUACAGAAGUCAUAUGGGCAGGCGAGACGGGAAAGGUUAUCAUUCGAUCGACCAACAGGGAGAGUGAUAUCUUGAAGACGAUACUGGUCGACGCGAAAGCACGAACUGGCAAGACGGUUCGUGAACGCGAUGUGCAAGAGUUGGACGGUGGAUGGUUUGAGGUCUCGCAUACGACUCGAUUCGUUCCUGCGGAUCCGGACAACGGCCGACCGCAUGAUGGAUAUGUCGAUACCGUCAUCGACGAGAAUUUUGACCAUCUGGCUUAUUUCACACCUCUGGACAAUCCAGAACCGCAGAUGCUCACCUCGGGAGACUGGGAAGUGGUCAACGCCCCUUCAAGCAUCGAUCUCGAACACAAUCUGGUCUACUUCAUUGCCACGAAGCAUGGCAGCACUCAGCGGCAUCUAUACACUACUGAGCUUCUCAAAGGCCCCGAGAGUGUCAAAGCCAUCACCGAUACCAGCGAGAUUGGAUAUCAUCGCACAUCUUUCUCCGCCGAGAGCAAAUUCAUGCUCCUCACUUAUGAAGGUCCGGGAAUCCCGUGGCAAAAAGUGCAGUCUACGCCUAGCAACAAAGCCGAAGAUCUGGACAUUACCAUUGAGAAGAACAAACGUCUCAAAGAGCUUGCUCAGAAGACCGAGCUUCCCAUCGAGAUCUACUCUACGAUCAAUGUCGACGGGUUUGACCUGAAUGUGGUCGAGAGAAGACCACCACACUUUGAUCCGAAGAAGAAGUAUCCUGUACUGUUCUACCUUUACAAUGGUCCAGGAUUCCAAUUGGUCGACCGCACAUUCGAGGUUGACUUCCAAUCAUACGUUGCGAGCAGCUUGGGCUACAUUGUUGUCUCUGUCGACGGCCGUGGUACCGGAUUUUUGGGCCGUGAGCAUCGAACCAUCAUCCGCGGUAACAUCGGCUACUGGGAGGCCAAAGAUCAAAUCGCAGCCGCGAAAAUGUGGAAAGCGAAACAGUACGUCGACGGCGACCGCAUGGCUAUUUGGGGAUGGAGCUAUGGCGGCUUCAUGGCCCUGAAAGUGCUUGAGACGGAUGCUGGAGAAACGUUCAAGUACGGCAUGGCCGUCGCACCCGUCACGGACUGGCGCUUCUACGACUCCAUCUAUACAGAGCGAUACAUGCACAUGCCGCAGCACAACAAGGAAGGGUACGAUAAUGCCACGAUCUCCAACAUGACCGGUCUGUCCAGCAACGUGCGUUUCCUCGUCAUGCACGGCGUGAGCGACGACAAUGUGCACUUCCAGAACACGCUCAUGUUAUUGGACAAGCUGGACCAGGCGAAUGUGCGGAACUACGACGUCCACGUUUUCCCGGACAGUGACCAUAGCAUCUUCUUCCACAAUGCCAACCAGGUGGUCUACGAGAAACUUCGCGACUGGCUCAUCAACGCAUUCAAUGGAGAAUGGAUGCGAACCGACGACCCUAAGCCUCAUCGGAAGUCGGACAUUCUCUCUUGA